AUGGCCCUCAGUAUCCGGCAGAAGAGGGUGAGAAGAAUCUCCGGAGACCCAGUCCAUGAGGUUGUGGUGCAAGGCCCUGUGGAUGGUCUGGCUACUGGCACCCCACUCUAUAGUGUGGCGGUGCAAGGCACUAUAGAUGGAAGGACUACUUGUAGACCAAGGGGUUGGAGGUUUGGUACCUGGAAUGUAGGCACGUUGACAGGAGGAAGUUUGGAAGUGGUGGAGGAGCUGCAGAGGAGAAUGGUUGACGUGCCUGCAGAUCAGAUGGGGGAUGAUGGUACAGGAGGAGUUGGUGUGAUGGUAAGAGAAGAGUUGGUGGAGAAGGUGUUGGAAGUGAGGCGGAGAAGCAAUGGUGUAAUUGUGGUGGUGAUGGUGUUUGGAAAAGUAAUAGUGAGGGUGAUAUCAGGAUAUGCUCCGCAACAAAGUAGGAAGGAAGAGGAGAAGGAUAGGUUUUAUGAUGAUGUUUCUGACGAGAUUGGGCAAGCGGGGUUGGAUGAGUUUGUGGUGUUGUUGGGUGAUUUGAAUGGUCAUGUGGGGGCGGAUGCAGACGGAUAUGAAGGUGUACAUGGGGGGUGGGGAUAUGGUAUACGGAAUGAGGAAGGGCGUAGAGUGUUGGAGUUGGCGGAUGCACAUAGCAUGGUAGUGGGGAAUACCUGGUUUACAAGGGAACCAGUGCGAUUAUUUACAUAUAGGUCAGGGGAGCAUAGGUCGAUGAUAGACUAUAUAUUGGUAAGGGCCAAACAUUGGAAGUAUGUGAAGAAUGUGAAGGCGAUACGUGGUAUGCUGCAGCAUAGUAUGGAACAUUUUAAUUUCUGCAAGAAUCCAGUUGGAGCUGCAGUUGUAUUUAUAAUGUUUGGUUUGCAAGAAAUUGUUCACCAGCUUGAAACCAUAAUUUUCUGGAAAAAGGACUGA